CUCGGGGAGAAUGACGGUAGCCUGAGAAGCCCAUGUAGAAAGGCGCUCAAUGAUGACGCAGCCGACCAAUAGAAUUGUUUGCGUCGCUAUGGAGACGAGACGCUUCUCUGGCGGCGGCAACUGCAGGAAAAAGCUCUAGCUUUGUUGAUAAAAAUUGGGUCGACAAUAUAAAUCCUGAAGAAGAUCUACAUAACAAUAUAAAGUUACUUGAUGCUGCACGUUUCCUGAUCAUUAUAUCCAUCCCUGAAACGUCUCAGGAACUUCUUGGUGAUUUCUUCUGUUCGGCUUUCUGACAAACAGACCACAUGCCGUUAAAAAUUGUGAUCGAGCUUCAGAUUCAUGCGGUCACUUGCCCAGGUGUAUUCUUGCCGGAGAAAGAUGAUAUUUUCCUUAAUGUUUCAAUACUGGGUCAGCACAAGGAAACGGGGUGUCUUCCUGCAGUAUUUCCUCUGUUGUUUCAUGAGAAAAUGAGAUUUGAGAAGGUUUUUCACAAAGCUGUGGAUCCUGCUACUCUGGCACAGAGUCUGGAAAAUCACACAACACGAUUUGAAUUAAUACAGCUCACCCAUUCAGACAUUCUGGCUGUUUUUGAAGAGAACACUCGGCAGUUCUUGUUUCCUGAGCCCAAACUGACUCCGGCAUACCCUGGAGUAGAUCGGGAGGUGCUGAUGAAAACAGUCCAAGGAUUCCCUGGAAUUGCACCAAAGAUUGAGUUUUCUACUAGGACCACCAUUAAAGAAAAGCCACAGGAUUUUAAGAAGACAUGUUCUGAAAUCAAACCAUGUAUAAGGAGACCUUUAACAGUACCAUCCAGCAAAUCAAGAUCUACUCCAUCAAACCCAGUAAGGGGCAGAAGCCCAGCUAAGAACUACUGCAGUCCAACUAAAUUAUCAGCAUCUCGAUCACCAUCUCCUAUUAGCCAAAGACAUGUUAAUGGACUAAACAAGAAUGUACAGCAGCAGCUUGCAAAUUUAAGCCUGAACAACUCUGAUAAUGACACAAGGCCUCCUUUCAUUGUUAGACAUGUCGAUAGUUCCAAGUCUUUUGGAGAUAAUGUGCUACAAAAGCCAAAAGCCAAACACCAGUCAAUGUUAAACAAUAAAAAUCAACAAUCUCAGCUAAAGAGAGUUUUAUCCUAUGACAGUUUUCAUGCUUCAAGAUUAUCAGAAAAGGACUUUUUGGAUUCAGGAGGAGUAAAAAAUGGGGCCUCUUCAGCAGACAAUGGCAAAUCUGAAAGUCCAUUAAGAUCUAGUAUGUAUUCUUUGGAAGACAAGAACAUAAGUCCAGUUCUUAGACAGCCUUUUCUGCGAAAAAGAUUUCAAAGUGAGCAAAACACAUGGGAGUCAAUACACAAGCGAGUGCUUAAUCUAUUAACCACUCACAGCGCCAAGCGACAUCUGUCAUUUGAAGCUCCAGAGAAAGAAGUAGACCGUAUCCUUGAAAGAUCUCUUUCAAAGUCUCACGUUAGAAGCUUGUUAGACCAUAGUUUUUGAAGAGCAACAACAAAACAACUCUCCAGGGAUCUGUUCAAGAGCUUCAAUAUUAAUGUGUGCGGUUUUCAGGGCUUACAAUAAUCUGUGGUAAAUAUUAAUGAUGUGGCUGCAAAUGAAACAUAUUUAUUGCGCUGUGUGGCAGAUGUAUGUUUUUUUAAGUUUUAUAUAUCUAAAAUUCUUUUCAUAAAAAUAAAGUGAUAUAGAAUAAAA